GCUUUGCUGCCCUAACAGUCAUCAGGUUCUAGCAAGAGGCAAGAGAGAGAAUCUGAUUGUCUCAUCUCUCACUGACACAAUGCUGCCAUCCACGGCUCUCAGAGGCAUGUCCUGGGCGCUGCUGUCCUGCAUGAUGCUCCUUUCUCAGGUGCAAGCUGAAGACUCCCAGGAUAAAAUCGCAUCUCCACGCAUCAGUUGUCCCAAAGGCUCCAAAGCUUAUGGCUCUUAUUGCUAUGCCUUCUUUAAGACACCAAAGUCUUGGGUUGAUGCUGAUUUGGCCUGUCAGAAGCGGCCCUCGGGACAUCUUACAUCUGUGCUCAGUGGCGCUGAGGGAUCCUUCGUGUCUUCCCUGAUCCAGAGCACUGUGACCAGCUAUCAAUAUGUUUGGAUUGGACUCCAUGACCCAACACUGGGCCAAGAACCCAAUGGAGGUGGAUGGGAGUGGAGCAGCACUGACGUGCUGGAUUACUUCAACUGGGACAGGAAUCCUUCCACUGCCUCUGACCGUGGUUUCUGUGGAAGCGUGUCACGAAUCUCAGGAUUUCUGAAGUGGAGAGAUUAUAAGUGUGAUGUACAGUUGCCUUAUGUGUGCAAGUUCAAGAACUAAAGUCGACAUUCAGUAUCCUCCAAUUGUGUGCAACUCAUCAUGAAAAAGAGUCCAAUUUGUGAAGACCUAUCUAGGAAGAAAACACUCUUCUUCUACCCCAAAAACCUAAAUCCUCCUGGUAAUCUUGACUUUUCUACUUUGCUCUCUACCCAGGUGCUUUUCUGUAUGUUAUGACAUAAAGAUUCAGAGAAAAAAUAAUAAAAUUUUUGUUUAUACCAGUA